GGGAAGAAACCCACAUUUCACUCUCGCUAUGUGAUGCUAAAUGUACUCUCGUUUCUCCAUCCCUUCCCCUCCCUCUUUCUCUCUCUCUCUCUCAUUACACUCACUGCACAUCGCACCGGUGUGCCUCUGUCUUUCUCUCUCAACAAGAUUCAUGGACUAACCUACGAGGACUUCUUUUGGAUUUCAUGAUGAACACCACGCUUUUCCUCGUCACCCCUGUGUGCUACUUUUGUCUCCUUUUCUAUUUCCUUUUCCACAGUGGAAUGUGUUCCGAGGCUGAGCAUCGACUCUUUACUGUCAUCUUCUCCAACUAUAACCAGUACAUCAGACCAGUGGAGAACGUCUCUGACCCAGUGAUAGUCCAGUUUGAGGUGUCCAUGUCCCAGCUAGUGAAAGUGGAUGAAGUUAACCAGAUUAUGGAGACAAAUCUGUGGCUAAGACACAUAUGGAAUGACUAUAAAUUGAGGUGGAAUCCCAAAGAAUUUGGAGGCGUGGAGUUCAUCCGUGUCCCUUCCAACAGGAUUUGGAAGCCAGACAUUGUAUUAUAUAACAACGCAGUGGGAGACUUCCAGGUGGAUGAUAAAACCAAAGCUCUUCUUCGCUACAAUGGAGACGUGACGUGGAUUCCUCCUGCCAUUUUCAAAAGCUCAUGCAAGAUUGAUGUCACCUUCUUUCCCUUCGACUACCAGAAUUGCACCAUGAAGUUUGGCUCAUGGACCUAUGACAAGGCCAAGAUUGAUCUGGUUCUGAUUGGCUCCACAAUCAACCUGAAGGAUUUCUGGGAGAGUGGGGAGUGGACGAUUAUUGAUGCUCCAGGCUACAAGCAUGACAUCAAAUACAACUGUUGUGAGGAGAUCUACACCGACAUUACCUACUCGCUCUACAUCCGUCGCCUGCCUCUUUUCUACACCAUUAACAUGAUCAUCCCGUGCCUGCUCAUCUCAUUCUUGACCGUUCUGGUAUUUUAUCUUCCAUCAGAUUGUGGUGAAAAAGUGACACUUUGCAUCUCAGUUCUCCUUUCCCUCACCGUCUUCCUUUUGGUCAUCACUGAAACCAUUCCAUCCACCUCUCUAGUCAUUCCACUGAUUGGUGAGUACCUCCUGUUUACCAUGAUCUUCGUCACACUUUCCAUAGUCAUCACCGUCUUUGUGCUUAACGUGCAUUACCGAACACCCAAGACCCAUACCAUGCCACGAUGGGUGCGUCAUAUAUUCCUUAGCCUCCUUCCCAGAAUCAUGUUCAUGACCAGGCCUGAGCGAGACCCAGGGAAGCAAAAAAGUUUUGGAGCUCCUCAUCGAACAUGUUCCCUCCAUUCUUCCACUUCCUUUCCCCAACAUCUCACCAAGCAACAGAGCCUUCCAGGCAGCCUUCCUCGGCGCACUCAACUCUUGCUCAGCACCGAGCUGAACACCCUGAGUGAAGCUGUUAAGGCUAGCUCAAGUUUCUUGUGUAGAGAUGGGAGAUGUACCUGCUGCUUAAGGCAGCUCUCUACCAAACUGGUCAGAAAUGGACCUGGAGGAGCUGGAAUGGGGACUUUGGGGGCAGUUAGUGGAGCAGGCAUAAUGGUAGGAAGUGGAGCAGGAGGAAGUAGCCCAUGUUCAAGCUCUGAGUCUCUGGAUGGGGGACUUUUGACUGUCUGCACACUGUCACCAGAAGUUCGGGAAGCUAUUGAGAGUGUUAAGUACAUUGCAGAGAAUAUGAGGCUACAAAAUGAAGCCAAAGAGGUCCAGGAUGACUGGAAAUACGUGGCCAUGGUGAUUGACAGAAUCUUCUUGUGGGUGUUUAUCCUGGUGUGUAUUCUGGGAACAGCAGGACUCUUUUUACAGCCCCUCCUCAUGGGAGAAGAUAUGUGAUUCUCCGUGAUCAAUCUUCAACAGACUUAAGAAACCUCGGCUAAGUGUUGGCGGGUGUGUGCAACUUUAUAAACAGCAAAUCGGGGAUGUCUACGGCACUCCGUAGUCUUUGUGCCAUAGCUUUUCUUUUUCUUUUUCUAUCAAAGACUUUCAUGAAGCUGGUGGAAAAUUCCGUCUUUUCAAAACAUUUCUAACAAGUUCUUACAGAUCACCAUUUCACCCUUUUUACAUAGAACUUUGGUUUCGAUGUUAUCGAUUGUAUGGUGUAUUGUUAAAUGUCAUGAAUGACUGGAUUUUCAUGCUAAUUUUAAAAAAUAAAAUAUAUUAUAUUAAUAUAAUAUAAUAUAUUAAAGUGUUGUCAAUAAGAACUGCAUUAAUGCACUGAUGAUGUAAGCAGAGCAUAACUAUGCAAAUUCUAUCACAUAUAUUUUGUCCAAGCUUUGUGUACAGUGCCAUCUAGUGGGUGUAUUAGGCAAUAUCAA